GGAGAAAAAUACUGUAAAAAAUCACACCUGACCCUCAGUGAUGUCAGAGUCAUUGUGCUUUGUAUUCAAAAGUCCUAUGGAAAUUCAGACCUCUGAGAGAGCUCCUCAGUGGACGGAGAGCAGAGGCUCAGAUCAUCACUCUGGUUGCCUCUGAGGAUCGGGACUACAUGGCUGGACUGAGGUUGCAAUCGCCUACAAGGUCCCGCCUAUAAUUAUGGUUUUACCUCCAUCCCAGAGACUCUGGGUGGGGAUGCUGGCAGUAAUGGUGGCUUUGGUUGUGGAGUUCCCCGGAGCUCUGCCGAAGUGCAUCUUUGAUGAGGUUCAGGCUCAGAACGGGGUGGUCCGAGCUGCACCCCGUGGCCCACCCAGUCUCAGAGCCCAGGCCGGGCAGCAAACUCAUCAUCCUGGAUGGAGGGCAUCGCCCCUGCAAGGCCUGUCAGAGAGGCAGAGGAGAAGUGAGAGAAAGAUACCCCCGCCCACUCCCACCUCGCCACAGCCAAUCAGGAUCCGGAGCUGGGUUCCGAAGGAGAGCAACAACCUAUCAGAGGUUGAGGAGAAGAGAGUGGCGGCAGCGGUUGAGGAGGCUGUGAGGAUGGUGUCUUCUUUACUGUCAGUGGACAGAGGGAAGGGUCCGUUGCUGCUCAGCAGAGACAUCAACAAAUACUGCAAGUUUAUCUGGAGGAAUUCAAGUACUGCCAACUACAACAGUUCUCCUUCCUGCAGGUGCGGUCGAGCCAACAGCAACUACAGAUCUGAGACCUGUCUGGAUGUGACAAUCCCAGAUGAUCACCUGGCCGGGUGUCGUAUUUACCCAGAGGCUGAUUCACCUCGCAGGACUGAGCUCCGUCCUGACGGCGCUGGACUCCCUGACACCGACUUCCUGCUGUACCUCCACCUAGGGGCCACUGACAAGUGUAGAGCCGAGCCUAACGUGUUGGCCUACGCCGUCCACUGCCAGACGGACGCCCAUGGGCGACCUGUAGCUGGGGUGGUGGUGAUCUGCCGGGACAGACUGACAAGAGCCGCAUACAGCCACCAGACUUCUGUACAGGCUGUGAUCCACGAGCUGUUUCACGCGCUUGGUUUCUCCAAGCAUCUCUUCCACACCUGGAGAGACUGUUCGUCCACCAACACAGCUGGAGCUGCCUGUUCUCCUCGAGGCACAGUGACUCACUCCGAUGGAUCGGGCCAGAUGAGGAUUUACACCCCGUCCGUCAUCUCAGCCCUGCAGGAGCACCUGGCGUCCACUGACCCAGAGCUGGGAGCGCCGCUGGAGAACCUGGUACCAAGCAGCAAACUGUCCUCCCACUGGGAGUCCAGGGUCCUGCAGGGCUCCAUCAUGGCGGCGGUGCUGGGGGACCCCGCCGCAGUUCGGAUCGACCCGGUCACCCUGGCUGCACUACAGGACACAGGCUGGUACAGUGUCAACCUGAGCCGGGCGCAGAGUCUAGUCUGGGGAGAAGGUGAAGGAGCCAUGUUUGGGUCUCUCUCAACCUGUCAGGACAAGUCUUCAUCCUUCUUCUGCACUGGCAGGGGGUUCGGGUGUCAUUAUCUUCACCUCCACAAGGGGGAGUGCCAGACUGAUGAAUACCUGGAGGGAUGUGGAGUGUACAAACCCCUCAAGAAUGGAAGUGAAUGUUGGAAAGGGGAAAAUGCCUGGAGGUCAGCUGAAGAGGACAGGAGCGGGGAGAUAUUUGGCGUCGACAGCCGAUGCUUCGUCUCCGGCCUCACCAGACAGAACCACAGUGGGAUUAUUUUGUCCAACAGCUCCGCGGAGGGACGCUGUUACAGACACAGGUGUGCUGGACCGAACAGGUACCAAAUCCAGGUGUCUGGCUCGGAAUGGGUGGACUGUCCGGCAGGGGGCACCACUCAGAUUAAAGGAUAUCAGGGUUUAGUUUCCUGCCCUGACAGGAGGUUGUGUCUCCACGCUGACAUCACUCCUCCCCCAGACAACGUCAUUCCGUUUCCUGCCUCUAUCACAAGUGAUCCCUACGAGACUCUAACCUCAGCCCAGGACGAGACGUGGUCGCCCCUCAGACCCCCUGCAGAGCUCGCUGCAGCCACAGCGCUCUGCGUCACCGCCGCUCUGUGUCUCCUGGCUGCAGUCGUGGUGUCUUAUAGGAAAUGCUGGUCCCGCAGGGUCAGGGUCCACUCUGCCCCAGAGGAGCACAGUGAUCUGUAGCAAACGCCGGCUAUUGAAUCUUUGAAUGUAAACUUUCAGCAGUGAAAAAGUUGAAUAAACUCUGUUUCUUG